GCCGAAAACACCCGGCCCAUCCUGCUUGAUCUCUCCAGAAAGUUCCACGCUGAAGAGCUGCUAUAAGGACCAGCCAUCUUCCUACAGACCGGCUCCACUUCACACUGACGUGACAGGGCAAUUAGACCACAAGCUGUCAUCAUGGUUCGCGAAACUGGUUACUACGAUCUUCUUGGUGUCGGACCCAAAGCGUCUGCGGACGAAAUAAAGAAAGCGUACAGAAAAUUGGCAUUGAAAUAUCACCCGGACAAGAACCCCAAUGAGGGAGAGAAGUUCAAGCUUAUAUCCCAAGCAUAUGAUGUGCUUUCGGAUCCAAAAAAGAGGGAUCUGUACGACCAAGGCGGGGAGAAAGCAAUUAAAGAAGGCGGCAUGUCUGGAGGGUCAUCCCCCAUGGACAUCUUCAAUAUGUUUUUUGGAGGCGGAGGAAGGAUGCAAAGAGAGAGGAGAGGGAAGAACAUUGUCCACCAGUUGAGUGUUACGCUGGAGGACAUUUACAAUGGCUCCACAAGGAAGCUGGCACUUCAGAAGAAUGUUAUAUGUGAAAAGUGUGAAGGUUACGGUGGUAAGAAAGGUGCAUUGGAGAAAUGCUCUAGCUGUAAAGGAAGAGGAGUGCAGAUAAAGGUGCAGCAGAUAGGGCCAGGGAUGAUUCAGCAGAUUCAGAGCAUGUGUGGAGAUUGUCACGGGCAGGGCGAGUCGUUCGGCUCAAAGGACCGCUGCAAGAACUGCAACGGGCACAAAGUGGAACGCCAGAAGAAAAUUCUUGAGGUCCACGUUGAAAAAGGUAUGAGGGACGGUCAGAAAAUUACAUUUCACGGGGAAGGUGACCAGGAGCCUGACCUGGAGCCUGGUGACGUCAUCAUCGUCUUAGACCAGAAGGAUCACAGCCUUUUCAAACGAAGUGACGAUAACCUCACUAUGACCAUGAGCAUCAAACUCGUGGAGGCCUUGUGCGGCUUCAAGAAGUCCAUCAACACUCUGGACGACAGAACACUCCUCAUCAGCUCACAACCAGGUGAAGUUAUAAAGAACAAUGACACAAAAGUGAUACAGAACGAAGGCAUGCCUAUUUACCGGAGCCCUUACGAAAAGGGACAACUCUUCAUACAGUUCCAGGUGGAGUUUCCAGAAAAACACUGGCUCCCAGAGCAUCUCAUGUUCCAGCUAGAAAGGCUGCUUCCCCCCAGGGAGGACGUGUUGAUCGCUGACGACAUGGAGGAGGUGGAGCUCUGCGAGGUAGAUGAGCGGACACGGCAGCGGAACUACGGCAGAGAGGCUUACGAUGAAGAUGAGGAGGGUCCCAGAGGUGGGGUGCAGUGCCAGACACAGUAGUCUGCCACACUGCAGACAAAUUGCAUAACCUGGGCUGCGGUGCUUUUGUCACCAUGUUUCGACUGGUGAUUGAGCACCCAGCCCUAGUUUAAAGAUUGUUCAAGGAACCAUUGAAAUGGAAACAGAUCACUUGACGGCAAAGUGGUACAGUUCAGUUCAGAAAAGGCUGAUCUGGCUUUUUUUGUUUCACCAGUUCAUUCCACAAGGGGUGCUCACAUAAAUGACAUUGAAUCCCAUCUCAGUCAUAAGCACCCAAGGCCCGCCGCACACUGAGCAAAGCAGCCAAAUGCCACUGACCUUGUUGUGCAAUGUCUGUGGGGUUCUGUAAUUAGUUUUCAUGGGUGGCCGACCAUCGGCAAACAGUUUUGUUGUGAUUCAAAAGCUGUAUUGCAGGUGAAUGGCGUCAUAAUUUAACAGCCAAUCCAAAACUUCAUUCUUUCACAACAAAAAUUGAGUACAAUCAAAGGAAACGGAAUGUUUAACAGUGCUUCGUUCAUGAUUUCGUAUGUACUUGUGGCGAAAAAGCGAAGCCUGGAGAAUUGCCGAAAUGCACGAGUGCAGUCAAUGUAUAGGACAAUAAUUGCUAACAGCCUGUGAAAUGUCCACACACUUGCUUUCAUUUUUGUUCAUUUCCUUUCUUUGUAUUAUAAUAUAGUUACAGCGGAUAGAGCGACACACUUUUUCCUUGACAAGUGUGCCAUGUUUGUAGUAAAAUAUAUACAGUGCCUCAAAACAAAGGGUCGCAGUUUUUCCUGUUGCAACUUUGUGUUCGAGGGAGCUUCGCAGACUAAUUUGUUUGCAAUUGUUCAGUUCAGUUGCAUUUGGUCACAUCACUUGGUGUGCGGUGGACAUAAAGUGUGUGUUAUUUCCAUCACCAUGUUGCACACAAGCUUUAAUCCUGUUGCAUUGCACCCACUACUACUAUACAACCACAGUUUGUAGACAAAUGGUUCCUAAAGGUGGCUCUUGGACAGAGAAAUUAAAAUGUACUGAACUGUACUGCUUGGUGAAAAUACUGCUUUUAUUUAACAUUUUUCAGAUAUGGUUAUGCAAGGUUUGUGUUUCUGUUAUAAUAACAAUAUGAAUUUGUUUCUGGUCUUUUCUAUAUGUAACAAUUCCCCGGACCGAUGCAUUGUUUAGAGGACUACUUGAAUGCUUUCUGUGAAGGUCGUUUCAGUCAUAGAAAAAAAAAUGGUUUUAUCAAUAAAAGUCCCAGUGUGCUUCAA